AUAUAAUUUGAAUAGACAAGUGCUACUGUUAAACUAAGGUGAAAAUUAAAAUAAUAUAUUGUUAAAGCGCCGUAAAUUUGAAUAAUAUAACAAUUUGUAUAUUUACAGAAAUAACAUAAAAGGAGGGGAAAUAUUAAUCUUCUUUUUUCAACAUGAAAAAUCAACCAACACAGUAGCAUCUUAUAAGACCAUGCCAGUAGCAAUGAGAACUGAAUGAUGAAAGGAAGUUGUAGUGGACUAUUGGAAGAAGAAAAGUGGUUAUUUAUUGACGAAAAUAUUGCAAUGUUAAGAUUAUUUAAAUUAAUUAGACCAAGAAGAUUAAAGUGUAACUAUCAAAGAAGACUGUACUUUCCAAAUUGUACAAAAUUAAAUAUUACAAGAGAACAUUAUUUGGCAAGUAAAAACACAGCUUAUUCACAUUAUAGUACAUUCACCUAUAAACAAAUAGAUGAUAUUACAUUUGAAAAGGUGUGUGAGGAAACAUUAGAAGAUCUAACAGAUUUUUUUGAAGAAUUGGUAGAAUCAAAUGAAAAAUUUCAAUCAGCUGAUGUAUCUUUUAGCAGUGGGAUACUGACAAUAAAUUUAGGACAAUAUGGUACUUAUGUAAUAAACAGACAGUCACCAAACAAACAAAUCUGGUUGAGUUCACCAAAAUCCGGCCCUAAACGAUAUGAUUUUGUACCUGAAGGAAAAUAUUGGUUAUAUAAACAUGAUAUGAAAACUCUACAUGAACUCUUACAAAAUGAAUUUUCAACUAUAUUAGGAGAAAAAGUAGAUAUGUCUAAUUGCUGUUAUUAUAAAAGUAAUUAAUGUAUUGUAAAUCAAAAUAAUUGAUAUUUUUGACAUAUGUUAAAGUCUUCUUCUUCUUAUAAAGUUACUAUACAAAUGUGAAAUAUACCGAACUUAUUAAUGACUAUUACUAUCUUAUUUUUUAAUUUAGAUACAUAAAGUGCAUUUCUUGAAAUGUAUUUUUCCUAAUACAUGAGCAGUAAAUGUAAAUUUGUGACAAAAAAUAAAUGGUGGAUGAAGACUAAAUAGUCGAGGCAAUAUAUUGAAAAACAAAUUAUUUGUCAAGUAAAUAAAAAAUUGAAUUGAAUCUGUGACCGUUGAAACCAUUUUGAAUUGAUUACAAAAAAUAUAAUUACAAGAAAAUAGGUUUCUGCUGAAUACACACGAAAUACGACGACAUAUCAAAAUGUUUUCUUCACCUGCUGUACAAAUAUAUUUAUCAGAAAAUGCAGAAAAUAACAUUCAGAGGAAGCCCGUCCCCCAUCAACUAACUAGAAAACCUUUUAUUGACCGAUCCGUGAAUGGAAAAUCUUCAGCAGACAAAAUAAUGAAAUCAAAUAAUACCAUGAAUAAAGAUGUAUUUAAACAGAAAGUAUCACCUAAAGCUUCCCUGUCUCAAGUUUCUCCAAAAGAAGAUUUGAAUGGAGAAGACUUUAUGUUUUCUGGUAAAGAUGUGGAUGAUUUGUAUGAUGAUGUAUGGCCACCAUUACAUCUUGGAAAAGAAGGAAUCAUAAAGAUUUUGCGAGAUUAUUCAUUUCCAAAAAACUCACCUCCUCCCUCUGUCAAUUCUGAUUUUGAUUAUUUAGAAAUGGAACCAGUCAUAGAUUCUGAUUUUCUUGAAUUGGUACCAAAUAAUAUGUUUACUAUAGAUGUGCCAAUGUUGUUGGAUGAGAGUUUUGAAGUAGAAUUGCCUCAAAUGCAGAGUUUUGAGGACUUUGAUACAUCUUAUUGAAUAGUUUCAGAAAUGUUAGUUUUGCUUUGUGACUGAAAAACUGUUUUGAGUUUUAAUUUUCUAUGAGACAUAAAAAUUGGUUUGGUAAUAUAUCUUUUUGUAGAGUUAACAUUUUAAAAAUUUUUCGAUUACCCAUUUUAAUCAGAAUAAUCCUAUACUUAGAAAAAAAUUAUUUGUUUUUGAUUGUAAUUCUAUAAAAAAAUGUACACAAAAGUUGAAACAUUGAAUAUCAUUAUUUAAAGUACUACAACUCAAGAUUGAUUUCCUAAAAACGGUACCAAACAGAUGGAGUUUUGGGAAUUCAUAAUUCAAAAUAAAAUUUUUGAAAAGACUAUUACUUAUAGGUUAACUUCUGGUUUGAGUAGCAAUGUUUUAUACCAAAUUAAUCCAGUUAACAUAAUGUCAUUUUUAUUUGAUGGUUAUACCAAAUUUUGUUAAGUCUUAUGAAAAGUGAUUUAUAUUUAAUUAGUAUAGUAGCAAUAUUUCACCAAAAUGGCUAAUUUAAUAUAUAAGGCAUUAAGCUAUUGUCAAUAAAAAAAUUCAAAA